AUACAAUGCUGUAGUUGCCAAAAAAGAGUUGCAGAUUCCAUGGGGACUGCUGAGUGAGCUUAUUCAUUGUAUGGAAGUUAAUUAUGACGUCAUCAUUUACUUUAUUCGAACAUUUGAAAUUGCUAAAUAUCUGUCUGAGGAGGUAUACGUCAGGGAAAGAGUGAAGAAUACGGAAUCAAGCUCAGUAAAAUUUCAAAGCAUUUGCAUAUUGCAUGCAAAAGUCCAAGAUGUUUAGGAGGAGCAGAUAAUUCAACAACAUGUAACGGAACUGGAAAUGUUUUCAAAAGUUUGAAUAGAAAAUCUCAGAACAAGUUUUGUUUGAGGAAUUAUGAGGCCGGAGUUCACCGGUGAUAUUCGUAUCUAUCACGAUCAACAUCAGCUAAAAUGAGCUUUCCCUUCGAUGAUUUACACUUUAUGUCAUCCUCAGAUCAAGAAUUUUUGUAAUGAAAGGAAAUUUUUCUUAAUUUGAUAGACAGAUAUAUCGAUUGGAUAUUGCACGAGGACUAUUCAUAUAGCAACGAGUUGAAAACCGCGGACAAAAAUAUAUCUACGAUGCGAAUCGAGGACUAAACUGAAUCGAGAAUGGCCGGAGACAGUGUUACCUCGUUUAAUACAAGGAACUCUCCAACUCUUCAACGAGCACGACGUUCCAUCCGCAAAUGCUGCUGUACAAAGCUUCAGUUCCGAGCAUCCUGCAUCCUCUUCGUCAGUAUAAGUCUUAUCUUCGUGUCUGAAUCAUUGGGUGUUGCCAGCUAUCUGGUGUUUAUAGGUUCGACUGGAAUCUUCUUCGGGAUCUUCCUCAUCCUGCUCGAUUUCGCGCUGUUCUUACAGACUAAAUCUGAGCGACAUCGUCGACGGUUUGGACAAAGUGACGAGGAGGCUGUUGGCGGAGAUACCGCGAUAUGGGCGACAUCGGUAUAUGAUAGAGGGCGUAGUCUGUCGUUUGCAUCCCCUCCCCCUGACUACCAAACUACCAUCAACCAACCAGAUGUCUUCCCCUUAUACCUCCAAGAUGGCGUCCCUAUGACGUCACUGAGUGCAUCCAUAGUAGUGGAGAAUGAUGGAUGUGUGGAUGAAGAGGAGGAUAAACUACCAUCAUAUUCAGAGAUCAUGGAAGAUAGGACUGCAGAACCAUCAUCUUAAAAUCCCUGGAUUGUUUUUUUUUGUCAUUUGACAAAAGAAAGGAGACUUGUUUAUUAUAUACUUAUGUCAAAUAAUAAAUGAUUUUUAUCAAAUUUUAUCUUGAUUAAAAUUAUUUUGAAUCAAAUUCAUUUUGAAUAAAUACCGAUUAUCUUUAAUAUUCUAAAUAAUAAUUAGGCAUGUAAUGGCUGAAUGUCAGUGUCAUGCAUUCGGUAAAAGCACAAAAAACAAUUUGGAAUACAAGUUUUUCCAGUUGCUCAUUUCUCAAGUAUGGCCCAUGUCUGUAUGGUCUUUGGAGCCUUUCUCGUGAAAUCGACUUACUAGUAUCAGGCUCAUGAGACUGACAUUGUAAAGGUAGAAGGAAGGUUCGUGUAUAACGAACUACACACUUAAAAUGUUGGGCAACAUACUGUCCACUGUGUUGGGUAAUGUAUGAUGAUAGAAAAAAAUAUAUAUAUAUUCUGGGCAAUUAUUAUCCAAUUAAUAAUAAUAAUAAUAAUAAUAGCGAAUUUUUAUAAAGCGCUUUUCCCAGAAUGGCUCAAAGCGCGUUACACCAUAUUAUUACCCCGGUCAUUGGAUUCAUUUCAAUCCCGCACGAAAAGUGCACAAUUUCCACUCCCUGGGGAGCAUUCCUUGCAUUCAUCGCAGCCUCAUUAUGGCGCUGGCAAAAUCAAACAUACAAUAUCUUUCGCAUCCUACCGGGUACCCAUUUAGCACCUGGGUCGAGAGUGGCAAAGUGUGGAUUAACGCCUUGCCAAAGGACGCUAGACCGCGGUGGGAUUCGAACACACGACCCUCUGUUUACAAGGCGAGAGUCAGAACCACUACACCACGGCUCUUCCACAAAUUAAGCAAAUUUGUUACCCAAUUAUUAAUUUGUAUUACCCAAUUUGGGCAGAUUUUAGCCAAUAGUUAUGGGGACAGUAUGUUGCCCAGGGUUGGUUAAAAGUUUGGCAUUUUUUGCCCAACUAUCUUAAGAGUGUAUGGAAAGCCAGCAACGUGUACAUCUAAAAUACAUAUUUGUUCAAAAUAUUUUUUAGAUAUGACGUAUAAUCAUACAUCCAUCGUUUUCUUUAAAUAAUCAAUGUGCUUCUUUUUGUUUUCAAAGGACAUCAUGCAAAUUUCCUGGAGAAAAAAAAGUAUGAUAUUGUUGGAUUUCCAUUCGUAAGUCUUUAUAAGGCCCAGGUUUAUGUUGAAGAAAGGUACAUGCAGGUAGCUCCAUGGUUAUAUAACGUACUGUGUAAUGAACACAAUCAAGUAAAAUUUGAAACAAAAGAGGAGAGUGUACAUGUAUGUACCGGCGUGUUGUUUGGUGUGUGGGUUCAUUUGUGUGUGGGAGAGUAUGGGAGAUGGAAAAGAGGAGGAGAGAGAUUUGUGAAAAAUGAAAAUAGAAAAGGCGAACGGGUCAUAAAGAUAUUGACAAAGUUGGUUUAUACGCUAUAACGAAUCCAUAAGGAAGAUGACGAAUAUAUAACGAAUAAUAUUAGUUCGUUAUAACGAAUUAUUAAUCUUAAUAACCUCAAAGGGGAAUCCAACCCAAAUAAAAACUUGUUUUUAUAAGGAAAAGAAAAUUCAGACAAGUUGAUAGGUGUAGGUUUGAAUAAUAUUGGACAAACAACAAGAAAGUUAUGAAUUUUUAAAAGUUGUAAAUAUUGGUAAUCAUUAUAUCCAUGGAGACUUCAAAUUGGCUGCAUAUGGGAUGUCAUAGUGCUGUAAGGCAAGGACUACUCUUCCAUGUACUCCAAUACAUAUUAUGGCUAAAAUGUAAUUUUCCCAAAAGUUUUAUUUCAAAUUAUAUUUUUCUUUCAUGAGGACAUAAAACAAUAUACUACCUGGGUUAUAUUUAGAUUACUGCCCCAGGGGAAUGGGUACUUGGGAGAAAACCACAAAUCCCUGAUGAUAAAUUACAUGGCCUAUGGGAAAGUUGUCCUUGCCCCUUGUCAUAAUUUACUUACCCAGUUGCCAAUUUGAAAUCUACAUAGUAUUAGUGAUCUCAAUUUUAAAGCAGCUAUAACUUUCUUAUUGCUUGUCCGAUUUCUUUCAAACUUUCACCAUUCUGUUUGAUUUAUUUUUCUCCUUCCCAACACAAUAUUUUAUGGCCAAGGCUGGAUUCCCCUUUAACAAUAAUUAAGAUUGAAUAUAACCAUAAUGAUUGAGUUAAAUGAUAACUACAUCAAUGCUUAUGGUUAACUACCUUCAUGAUUAAUAGUUUAAUCUUAGUCGCUUCAAAACCCAUCUGUUAUUUCUUUUCUUAACAUCUUGGUUUGUAAUUCGAUCCUUCCCCGUUUUUUUUCAUAUUGUUAAUGGCUAUAAGACAAUGAUUACAUAUGAUACCCUUGCACGAUAAAGUUCGAUGCUCGUAUUUAUUUAUUUAUCAAAUGAUAUGAAUAUAAAAAUAUCUUUUUACAUUUUUUACAUCUUGGUAUAAAUUUCAUAGAAAAUAUAAACAUAUACGCAAUAUAAUAUUCAUGUGAUGAACAGCUACAUAGAAAUAUACUUAAUUGAGAAUACAUACAAAAGUAAGAUCAUGUUAUCUCUUUUUUUUUCAUAAUUUGAUAAAUCAGCAUGAAUGAUAUCGAAUGUCAUAAUAUUCAAAUACUAUUACGGGUAACAUUAAAAGCUUUGAUCGAUAAAUAUAAGACAUCUUGUAUAUGCAUCUUACAUGUAUAUAUAACAACAUUUUAAUAAUAUGAUCUUCGGGUCGAUUUUCACAACCAGUUAUCCGGUGAUUCUUGUAAAAAAUUGAAUUUUACAUUUUAAGAUAUCUAACGCUCCCCCUCUGUAGUAUAUGUAAAAUCUUAUAAUGUUAACACUUACCUUACAAAUUUAUUUGUACAAAGAUUAUACAUCACGCGUUUUCUUAUCAUCAACGCUAUAUCAAUUUUAGUACAUACACAUUCAGAAAAUAUUGAGAAAACUAGUUGCCAACAAUUUGGGGAUUUAAAAAUUCACGCAUAUUUACUUCGAACAGCACAGAAACUCCAGACCUAAUCCCACGUAUCUAAUUACUGUAUUUUUACCCAGGAUAGAUUUUGCUAUUAAAGCAGCCUUAUGACAUGAACGUUAACCAUGACCAUGGUUAAUAAUUUCCCGCUAUACUCUUUGAACAUUCAUACCAUAAUAUUUGCUAAGAAAUCAGAUAUUUUAUAGUUUGAUCCCAGCUAUUUUUUUUUUUUUGGUUGGCUGGUCGCGUGUGACUUGACAACAUAUUGUUUAUGAACAUCUCUUUAUUUUUUAUUUUUUUCGUCAUCCUUAAUUGUCUAACUUUUUGCUUUUUUAAACUUAGUGUCAGGUGAACAUCUCCAUGUUUCGCACCCUUGGAUUACAAUCAAUAACUUGUUUGAUCAAACGAUUACCAAGUAAAUACCUUAAUGACGUUUU